AUGAGGAGGGACUUGGAUGGCGACUCGAGGCAUGAAGAUCCAGCCGAGAGGGUCAGCUCGGAGGAGCCCUCCACCAGCAGAACAACUGGUGGCCGGCAGAAUUCGAGCUCAAGGGUCGUGGCCAGCAAGACAAAGUUCUCGAUGCCGGACAGUGCAGAGAUCGCGAGAAUGAGGGAGGAGUACCUGCAGAACGCCCCGGUCUACCCCUGCUUUCCAAAGAGAUUCCAGCCCUUCCGUGUGGAGCUGUACUUCCUCCUGGAAGAGCCGAGUUCCAGUGCAUCUGCCAGAGUCCUGUCCAUCGUGAUCUUUGCAUGCAUCGUCCUUUCCAUCGCCCUCUUCAUGCUGGAGACCAUGCCAGAGCUGCAGGCAGUUCCAGAAGAGUUUUGGGUGGCUUCCGAAUGCUUCUUCACCGUUGUGUUCCUCUUGGAGUACCUCGCAAGACUUCUCGUGUUUGACGUCACUGGAGUCCCCAUUUUGACGUUCAUACGGACUCCCAUGAACGUCGUGGACGUCGUGGCAGUGCUUCCCUUUUUUGUGAUCGUGGUCCUGCAGUCGGGUCAAGCCAUAGGCUUCAUCCGGGCAGUGAGGCUUGUACGUCUUUUCCGAAUUUUCAAGCUUGGGCGUUACUCCACCGGCCUGAAAAUGAUGAUGGUCGCUCUAGGCAACAGCGGGCAAGCGCUGAGCGUCUUGGUGUUUUUCCUGGGCAUCGGCUGUGUUCUCUUCUCCAGUGUGGUGUACCAUGUGGAGAAGCUCUCCUGUCCAGACCGAGCGCGGUUCAACCAGACGGAGUUGGCGACCUACCUCCAGGAGUGCCACGUGAGGCGGCUGUCGGAGUUGGGCCUAUGCUGCAAUGAGUUUGACGCUCCGGUGGAUUUUCCGUCCAUCUUGCAGCUUGGCCGCAGGUCCAUAGUCACGAUGACGACGGUGGGCUAUGGCGACACGGUCCCACGGACAAACGCCGGCAAAGUUGCAGGCGCCUUCACCAUGUGCUCGGGUAUUUUGCUGCUGGCCUUGCCCAUCGCCUUGAUCGGCGCCCGAUUCCAAGAGGCGUACAACAUGGCGGUGUCCUCAAGGGGAAGUCCAUCUCUGCAGGUGCGCCGGAAAGCCAAAGAGCGGGAAGACCCUCCCACAAAGACCAUCAGCACGCGCUUGCGACUGUUGCGCUUCUCGAAUGCCUCAAUGACUCGGCUGGCGCGGGAGCUGGCGAAGGAGCUGGAUGAGGCGGCCACGAUGCGAGAUGAUAUCCGCAUGUUUGAGAAGGCGGAGAAGCAAUCACAGAGGCAGGUCCUUGACUGCGGCAUCACUGUGGUGCAGCGCAGGGGGCCCCGGUUUCCAUGGGGCUGUUUUUAG